AUGUGGGUGGACUCUAUGGGACUAAAUGCCAUGAUUGAGGUUACACAAAAUCAAAGCCAGAAAAGGAAAAAGUGGAAUCUGCACUUUCUUCCACUAGAGCUUAGGGAAGCGAGGGUUAAUGAAUUUUUAAACCUUCGACAGAAUAACCUUAGCGUCAGGGAGUAUUGCAUGAGAUUCACUCAGUUGGCUAGAUUUUCUCCUGAGAUGGUUAGCACCCAUGCAAGGAUGCAUCACUUCAUUGGUGGACUUGGGGAUCAUUUGAUUGGUUCUUGCACUGUUGUUGCAUUAAAUCGGGAUAUGGAUAUUGCAAAACUUAUGGAACAUGCUCAGCAAACAGAAGACCGUAUACAAAAUCGUAGGGUUGAGAGAUAUAGGGAACAAAAUAAGAGGGCUAGGAGUGCUGGAAUAUUUCAGGGAGAUGCUAGAGCUUACUCCAGUAGAGGUCCUCCCAGACAGGCUCAAUCACUAGAUCUCUCUACUUCUAGUGCCCCAGCUCAGUCAUCAAGACCCAGGCAGGAGCAGACUCAGACCUCGAGGGCACCUAAUCCCCACUAUCAAAGAGGUGUUAGUCAAGGACUACCACCUCGACCUACUUGUAGAGGUGAUAGGUCACAAUAUACUGGCUCUGCAGGAGCAUCCUCACUAUCAGCGUCUUCUUCAUUGCGUGGCCCUCAACCACUAGCAGGGAGAGGUAGGGGUAGAGGAUCUGGUUUUGGAGCUGGCCCAAAUCGGAUGUAUGCACUAGCAGGUCGUCAGGAUUCAGAGGCAUCCCCAGAUGUGGUUACAGAGCCAAAGCUAUUACAUGAGCCACUUGCAGUAUCGACUUCGGUAGGAGAAUCUGUUAUAGCUAGAAGGGUCUAUUACGGGUGCGUAGUUACAAUAUGUGGCCGUGACACAUUGGAAAAUUUAAUAGAGCUAGAAAUGGUUGAUUUUGAUGUCAUUAUGGGCAUGGAUUGGUUGUCAUCGUGUUAUGCAACAGUUGAUUGCCGAGCCAAGAUUGCUCGAUUCCAUUUCCCGAGCGAGCCAGUCCUAGAGUGGAAAGGUAAUGCAAUGAUGCCUAGAGGAAGGUUUAUUUCCUAUCUUAAGGCACAAAAGUUUAUAGACAAAGGGUGUUUAUAUCACCUCAUCCAUGUAAGAGACAUUCAAGCUGAGAAACAGAUGGCGACUCUUCACUCUGUGCCCGUUGUGAAUGAAUAUCCAGAUGUGUUUCCUAACGAACUUCCUGGACUACCUCCAAUUAGAGAGAUGAUUUUUGUAUUGAUGUAG